AUGGCGUCUCAUGACCAGAAUCAAGGCGCCGGCGCGUCUCCCGGAGGCUCCAAACACCGCAGUGUGAGCCCGUCACCCCACUCGCAGCAGUAUCUCGAUCCCACGGGACUUGGCCUCGACCCCUCCAUGGCAUUCACCUCCAACCACGUCUUCAAUAACGCGAAUCACGAUCAGGGGAUGCCUGUUACGGACGCGUACGGCUAUCCUUCAUAUCUCUCCCCACCAGCACAGGGCCUUGCUCCACCAGUUGAUCAAUCCUUUCCUCCGAACAUCAACACUAGCAACAUUCCCAACUCCCAGUCCUUCGAGGCAAGCCUAGUCAAUCAGAUGGAACACAAUCCCGGGGGCUUUUGUCAACCGCAGUCAGAGGGCAACUAUAAUCUUCUCAACACUAGUACCGCAGACAUGGACUUUUCCGCCUACCACAAUCACAGUCCUAAUAGUGUCUCUGCUCCGGAUUAUGACUCGUCGUCGCUGUUGAUGGACCCUCAAAUGCAUCAACGACCGCAAUCAGUUCACCAAGCUGUCAAUCCUGCCGAUUUAGUCAGCCCCAUCUCCAAUCCCUCCGCGUCGUCGCAAGACCAGCAGCAAUCGUCACCCGGUCCCAUGUCUCCUCCGGGCUCCACACCGGCCACUUUCUAUACCCCUCAACAUUCGCGUCAUACCUCCUUAGACCCGGCCACUGCAGCCUUCAUGGGCGCACAAUCCAAUCAAGACUGGCAAUCAGUGGUGAACCAUUCCUCUUUUAGGGGUCACCGUCGAGCACCAUCCGAAGUAUCAGAGGUGUCUUCAGCCAACCACUCCCCAUAUUUGUCUCAGCAUGAGUAUGAUGGCAUUGAGAACAAUCCUUCUCCUUCGUUGGUACCACAGAAUGACCCCGCUUUGUAUGAUAAUGCGUUUGGGAUCGAGUCUUUCACUCUCUCUGAGCAACAGCAACAGCAACAAGGAUUCAGUCCGCUCCAUAGUCCGUAUAUUUCGCCCCAACUUAUGCCAAAGCAGGGGGGUGAGAUGGUCCCACAUGCACCUUAUCUGUCUCCCAACCUCAACAACCAAUUUCCUCCCGCGCCAACAGAGAUGUACGGCAUGUCAGAUGAGAUGAUGAAUGCGAUGAAUGGCUCCGAUAUUGGACAAGCAUCUCAGAUGGCUCCACCCUCAAUCAAUGUGGAAUUUGCUCCACCGUCGCGAAUUCCGAGUUUUGGUCCCUCCAAACCGGCUGCUGACUUUGACUCUUUGAGUCCUCCAGCAAUGAGAUCUCGAGUGCGCAGCAAAUCCGACCCUUACUCGCACCCGGCUUCUCGUUCACGAUCUCCCGCUACCUCGGCCGCCAGUCUAGAGGCACAAGCCUCUACUUCGCCACGGUCGUUAUCACCUCAUUCACGAAGCAACCCUGGUUCACGCGAUGCAUCCCCCUCAAGAUCAAACCGCCGUCUGUCAACAUCUUCGAUUGAAAGUCGCAACUACAUUUUGGAUUUAGCAGACCCCCAGCGCCCCGGUGCCAUACCCGGCGAUUCGAAACGCGUUCAGAAGCACCCCGCCACAUUUCAAUGUACUCUGUGUCCAAAGCGGUUCACCCGUGCAUAUAACCUGCGUUCCCAUCUCCGGACACACACUGAUGAGCGACCUUUCGUUUGUACGGUUUGCGGUAAAGCUUUUGCUAGACAGCAUGAUCGAAAACGCCACGAAGGACUCCAUUCCGGUGAAAAGAAAUUCGUCUGUCGAGGCGAUCUUUCAAGGGGCGGCAACUGGGGCUGCGGUCGCCGAUUCGCACGUGCAGAUGCUUUAGGGCGUCAUUUCCGAUCCGAGGCAGGACGGGUCUGUAUAAAGCCUCUGCUUGAUGAGGAAUCGAUGGAGCGUGAAAGAGUGCUUCUCGAACAUCAGCAACUACAACAGCAACAACAGCCAUCCGGCCAUCUACAACCCGUUCCUCAACCGCUAGUGAUGCCUGGCGUGACCGGAAUGGAUGGGCAGACUUCCGGUAACUUUGUUUUGCCAGCAGCGUUGCUUGCCCAGUAUCCAGCUCUUCAAACUCUACAGUGGGAUCAAAUUCCUGCUGCGGGUGAUGACCCCAGUGACAUUGGUGGCCAUAGUAGCUAUGAUGCCAGCUCUGGGGGCGAGUUUGGCUUCGAUGAUGAUGACUCGGGCAUCAGCAAUGGCAUGGGUGGCUAUACCAAUAAUCAACCCGGCAUGUACGGAGUUGAUCCUGGAUACUCUGAUCAAAAGUGGAGUUCAUGA